AUUAUAGAUAAUUAUAGUGGAAGAAGUAGUGAAUUGAAUCGGGACAAGAGGGUCGAUAAUUAUGUGUUGAGGAGAAGAAUGAAUGGAUGAGAAUUGAGAGAGAAAAGGGAAGUGGCGAAUAAGAAAAGUAGGUCAUGGAGGUGGCAUUGGCAUCCACCGGCAGCACUCUCAGUUUUUCCCGCUAUCGCUUUCCAAUUCAAACUAAAAUUCAUUUUCCUUAUCAAAUUGUUUGCAAAUUAAACAAUGCAGAGGUCCAGGUUCAAACCCGCGUGUGGAAUUGGAGAGGUUACUCUAUUCGCUAUCAAUAUUCUGGGAACAGUGGCCCUGCACUACUUUUAGUCCACGGUUUUGGAGCUAACAGUGACCACUGGAGGAAUAAUAUUUCAGCUCUUGCACCAUCACACCGUGUGUACUCUGUUGAUCUUAUUGGAUAUGGAUAUUCAGACAAGCCAAAUCCUCGUCAACUCAGAGACGAUUCCUUUUACACUUUUGAGACCUGGGCCACCCAAUUAAAUGAGUUUUGUCUUGAUGUCAUCAAGGAUGAAGCAUUCUUUAUAUGCAAUUCUAUCGGAGGAGUUGUUGGUCUUCAGGCAGCUGUGGUUGCGCCACACAUUUGCCGGGGGAUUGUCCUUCUCAAUAUAUCUCUGCGCAUGCUUCAUAUAAAGAAGCAGCCUUGGUAUGGAAGACCUUUCAUCAAAUCAUUCCAGAGACUGCUUAGGGAUACUGCUGUCGGAAAAUUCUUCUAUAAAACUAUUGCCACAAAAGAAUCUGUGAGGAACAUUCUUUGCCAGUGCUACCAUGACACCUCAAAGGUGACAGAUGAGCUAGUACAGAUCAUCCUUAGUCCAGGUCUGGAACCUGGAGCCGCGGAGGUGUUUCUUGAAUUUAUUUGUUACUCAGGUGGCCCUCUACCUGAGGAACUACUACCCCAAGUAAAGUGCCCAGUUCUGAUAGCAUGGGGUGACAAGGAUCCUUGGGAACCAAUUGAGAUUGGAAGAAGUUACGAAAAUUUUGAUUCUGUUGAAGACUUUAUUGUCCUUCCAAAUGUUGGACAUUGCCCCCAGGAUGAAGCACCUCAUCUUGUGAACCCACUUGUUGAGUCAUUUGUGGCACGCCAUACUAAAUCCUCAUCUAGUACCUCAAAUUGUUAAUUUAUUCCCCGUCAGUCAGUUUGUUGAUGCUGCUUAACUCAUUGAAAUUCUGUAUAUUUCUCCAUUGAUUUUCGUUAAGAUCAAGUUUGAUUUUUUGUUCAGUAUAAGCAUGUCCUUUUAGUUACAAAUUAUGAGCAGCUGAUACGAGACAAUCUAUCAUGUCCUUGUAUAGUUAUUAAUUAGGAGCGGAUAAUAUGAGACAAUUUAUCCAAUAUAAAUGCCAGCUUUAGAACCCUAUAUAGUUUUGUAAUUGUAUCAAGUUUUGAUGGAAUCUUAUUUCUCAAUCUAGAAAAUUUUGUCAUGUUGUUGUCUCUUAUUUAUUUGAUUUUGGUCAUGAUCCUUUGGAUAGAAAAAAUUGUCAUGAUAGUCACCAUCCCAGCUUUGGGUUUGUUUGA